AUGAUCUCUGCGAAUCUUUUCCUUGCAGUCACUGCUCUUUUGAGUAGUCUCACCGCAGCGGUUGAUCAAGCGGUUGCUUGUGCCCAGGCAAAUAACAAGAUUCACCCUCGCGACAUCAAUGAGGCAGACCUCACGACGGUCAUUUAUCAGACCCAAACAGCUACAUUGACUUUGACCGUCGAGGAAACCCCCCCCUGCGACGAGUCCCCCGCUACCACGAAUAGCCAUUCAGAUGCUGGCGAAGUCACUCUCAGCCCCAGCUACUCGACAUUCGAUACCUCGGAGACGCUGACAGUGACAUCCACCAUCAGCAGUGGAACUGCCACUCUUACCACGACUGUCAGCAAUGCAUCUACCUACAACGUUCCCGGUCCUUCCACUUCAGCCACCUGGUCAACCUCAACCACAUCAGCCAGUGAGCCUGACGUUGCAACCCCGUCAAUCGACACCGCGGUCACGCCUUUCGUCCCAGCACCCUCGAGCACCACUGUUACCGCUGAUGGGGUCAGCGACGCGUCAAGCCCAACCGAGAGUUCUACUACCGACGAUUCCACCGGCACUCCAUCCAGUACCGACAGUGUUGCACCCACAGUCAGUGCGGCUGCCAUGCCAAUCAUGCUGAGCAAUGACUUGAUGGUUGCGCUUGUGGCUGCUGCCAUGGUCAUCGCUGCCUGA